AUGUUACUUAAUGGCUAUGUGAAUUCCGGUUGUCGACGUCAAUUUGUAUUAGAUAAUGAUCGUCAAAUAAUUGUUCAUCCAUGGCAAAACAUGACUGAUAUACAUUGGCCAAUAAUUGUUUCAUCAUGGGAUGUAUCUUCAAAUAAGUUGGAAUUGCGAUGGCAUUGGUAUCCACCAAAAUCCAUAAAUGAUCAUAAUUUUAUGACGCAGCCAACAAUGGAUGAACGAGGCACCACAUAUCUUGUUAGUAUGCCAUCAGCAUUUUCUAUUAAUUCAAAUGGUCAAACAUUAUGGAUCAGUGAAUUAGCAACAAAUGAUGAAAUGAGACAAUUUGAAUUGAUCUCUAUAUGCUUAUCCGUGAAUUUACGUGCACGUGUUAUGUAUGCUGUUAUUGGAUCACCAUUGUAUCAUGAGGGUGAUAGUUUAUAUUUUAUUAGUGCUUUAAAUAUGGAUAAUGGAAAUGUACUAAAACGUUAUGAACUAAAUAUUGAUAGUAAAUCAAAGAUAACUCCGCAUUGUCCAAUUUUAAUUGGUAGUGAUAUGUUUUAUUUCUUCUGGUUAACUGGUGAAUAUCCAGGUUUAGUACCAUUGAAAGUGUCAGGUGUGCCUCAAAUAAAACUUUAA